AUGGCAGUUGUGUUUGGUUCCAGAGGCCAAAGCGUCGCCGGCGACGACAAGACGAUGAAGACGGCGAGGGAGGAGGAGGAGGGCGGCGCCGACGGAAGCGUCUUCGACAUGUUCUCCUUGAUGGCGCAGCUUCCCCAGAAGUAAGCACAAAACAGCAGCCAUUGACAAGCAGUCCCUCUGCAAUGGAGCGGCCUCUCGUUCUUAUUCCCUCACUCCUCCCUAACCCCACCGUUGUUUCUCCUCUGUGCAGGAGGAAAGGGCUGUCCCGGUACUUCUCCGGCAAGUCCCGGUCCUUCACGCGCGUCGGCGAGGUCAAGUGCGCCGGCGAUCUCGAGAAGCUCGAGAUCCCGGAAGCCAAGCGGGGGAAGUACGCCGGCCGGCACGCCGAAGUCCUUGCCUUCGUCUCCUGCGGCACCGCCUCAGGCCUCUCCCGUUGCGGCUCCGCCCUCGGCUUCACGGGGGGUCUCGCUGAGAAGUAG